AUUAGAGUUACCAACUGGCGAAGACUUGAGAGGAGAGUGAGGUCUUCGAGGCGGAGGAGGAGGAGGAGGAGGAGAUGGCGGAUGGGCAGUAUGUGGAGGCGAAGACGUCGGUGUGGUGGGACAUCGAGAACUGUCAGGUUCCCAGAGGAUGCGAUCCUCACCUCAUCGCUCAGAAUAUAAGAUCGGGGUUGGCGGAGAUGGACUACAAGGGCGCUGUUUCCAUCUGGGCUUAUGGAGACACCGGUAACAUCCCUAAUACUAUUCAGCAAGCCCUUUCCAGCACUGGCGUCUCGCUCAAUCACGUCCCUGCUGGUGUGAAGGAUGCAAGUGAUAAGAAAAUUCUAGUUGAUAUGUUAUUCUGGGCAGUAGAUAAUCCUCCUCCUGCUAAUUUUUUGCUUAUUUCCGGUGAUCGGGACUUCUCGAAUGCACUUCAUCAACUCCGAAUGAGGCGAUACAAUGUAUUACUAGCACAACCAACUAAUGUUUCCCAAGCACUCGUUGCUGCUGCUAAGACUGUUUGGCUUUGGACGAGUCUUGUGUCAGGAGGCGGACCGAUAUCAGUGCCAGUGCCUUCUCACAUUGCUGAUGGUGCUAGUGAUGAUACAUCAUCAGGCGAUGAUGAUACGAAUCCCCGAAACACCUUUACUCCAGGGCAUGGUAGCAGAAGAACAAGAGCUUCCAAGCUGCAUAGUAGUAGUAGCAGAAGACCCAUUAUCAUUAUCUGUGGAAGAGCUAAGAAUCAGCAUGGUACUAGCAGUGGAAAACCUGCUGUGAAUGGAAGAGCUGCUAAUGGGCAUGGUAGCAGUAAAACAGCUGAUAAUCUGCAAAAAGAUAAACAGAAUCAGAAGAAUCCAAAGCAAGCACAUUCCUCUAAUAGUGGGCAUGGUGGCAAUGCAAAAGCUGGUAAUGGGAAUGGUAGCAGUGCCAAAGCUAAUAGUGGGAAUGGUAGCAGUGCCAAAGCUAAUAGUGGGAAUGGUAGCAGUGGAACGGCUGCUAAUAAACAGAGUCAGAAGAAACCAAAGCAACCACAUUCCUCUGAUAACUCAUCUCCGGGAAGUCGAAAAGGGUGUGCUCCUAGUGGAAAGCCUGAUAGCCAGUGUAAACAAAGUCAGAAGAAACCAAAGCAACCACAUUCCUCUGAUAGCUCAAUUCCGGGGAGUCGAAAAGGGUGUGCUGCUAAUGCAAAGCCAGAUAACCAGUGUAAAGCUAAGCAGGGUCCGAAAAAUCCGAAGCAAAAGUCCAAAUGUUUGUUAAUGCGUAAAUUCGGCGAUGAUUUACCGGCAAACGAUGAAAGGGUGCUUGAUUCUGUCUCUGUUGAUUUGCAAAAGAGAACUUCGGCAUUGAAGGAUAUUGGAGUAGCCAAAGACAGAAAUGAUACAACCAGUGGUUGCAGAUAUCACCCAAAAAAACCCAUUGAAUUUGCUGGAUAUGAAAGGCUCAUCGGACCAGAGAUUACCAACGAAGACUCUACAGUAGACUCGCAUUUUCAAGCUUCGAUCGGCGAAGCCAGACAGCCGGUGACGGAGGAGAUGGCCGAUGGAAAGUAUGCGGAGGCGAAGACGUCGGUGUGGUGGGACAUCGAGAACUGUCAGGUGCCCAAGGGAUGCGAUCCUCACCUCAUCGCUCAGAACAUUAGAUCGGCCUUGGCGGACAUGGAAUACAAGGGCGCUGUGGCGAUUUGGGCUUACGGAGAUACCAGUAACAUCCCUGCUGCUAUCCAGCAAGCCCUCUCUAGCACUGGCGUCUCCCUCAAUCACGUCCCUGCUGGCGUGAAGGAUGCUAGUGAUAAGAAAAUUCUUGUAGACAUGUUAUUCUGGGCAGUAGAUAAUCCACCUCCUGCAAACUUUUUGCUUAUUUCUGGUGAUCGGGACUUUUCAAAUGCACUUCAUCAACUUCGCAUGAGGAGAUAUAAUGUAUUACUAGCACAGCCGGCUAAUGUCUCCCCAGCACUUGUUGCAGCUGCUAAAACUGUUUGGCUUUGGACGAGUCUUGUGUCAGGGGGGCCGCCAUUACCAGUAACUUCUCAUCUGUUUAUUGAUGCUAGUGCCAAUGCAUCAAGCACUGCUACGACCCAAAAAAGUAUUUCGGAAUCUGCAGAGACAAGUAAAUCCAUGGAUUCUUCUUUUGAAAGCUCAUGUCUGGGAAAUAAAAAAGGAUAUGGUGGUAAUGGUGGAAGGUGUGAUAAUCGAUAUAAAGCCAAACAAGUGGUAAAAAAUCUAAAACAACCAAAUUCAAGCACACCGAAAACCAUGAGCAAUGAAUUCAAAUUCAGAUCAUUUCCUGGAAAACAAUGGCAUACUCCUGAAAUUUAUGGUAAUUUUAAUCCUAAUGUUAUUCAAGGUUUGCAACAAAUGGAUCAAGUUACUGCACCAGCCAUGUCAAGUUCUGACAGUAUUUGCUUUAAUGUAUCCAGCACUGAGACAAUACAAAACCCUUCUCCAUAUUCUGUGCAGACAACUAAUUUCAUGAGUGGUGCUUCUGAUGGUCCACUCAUGGGAAGUCAAAAAGGGUAUGGACCGUAUGGUGGUAAUCGAAGAGCUGAUAAUUGGCACCAAGGCAAACAGGCUUGGAAAAAUCCUAAACAACCAAAUUCAUGUUUACCAAGAACUACAAUCCAUGAAUUCAGACCACUCUCUGGAAUUGAAGGUCACAUCAGGGAGACUUCUUGUAAUUUUAAUUCCAAUGGGAAGCUAGGUUUAAAUCAAGUUAUGGCAUCAGUCAUAUCAGGUUCUGACAGUGUUGGCUUGAAUGCAUCAGACACUGAUACAAUAAAAAACCCCACUCCAGGUACUAUGCAGACAAAUAAACAUGCAGAUGAUUCUUCUGAUUGCUCAUCCCUGGGAAAUCAUAAAGUGCAUGGUAGCAGUGGAAGAGCUGAUAAUUGGCAAAAAGGUAAACAGAGUUGGAAGAAUACAAAGCAACCACAUUCAAACAUACCAAGAAAUACAAGCACUGAACCCAAACUAGUCUCCGGAAAUCAAGGUUAUGUUGGUGAAACUCAUAAUUUUAAUCCAAAUAUGAAUCAAGAUUGGCAACAAAUAAAUCAAGUUUCUGCACCAGCUGUGUCAGGUUCUGACAGUUCUAACUUUAGUGCAUCAGGUCCUAAUAGUAUGAAAAACUAUAUUUCAGAUUCUCUGCAGUCUGCUAUUCCUGUGGAUACUUCCUCUGAUAGCUCAUUUCCGGGGAGUCGAAAUGGUUCUGCUACUUGUGGAAAGGCUGAUAACUGGUAUAAAGGUAAGAAGGCUUGGAAAAAUCCAAAGCUACCAAAUUCAAGCUUACCAAGAACUACAAGUGAUGAAUUUGGAAAAUUAUCAGGAAAUCAAGGCCGUGUAGAUGGAACCUCUAGUAACUUUAAUCAGAAUGUUAAGCAAAGUUUACAACAAGGGAAUCUGGUUUCUGCACCAGAUAUGCCAGGUUCAAAUUGUGGUCACUGGAAUGUUACUAUCACGAGCUCUUCCGUCUCUCAAUCAUCUUCUCAGAAAAGUCUCACCCAAUGUGCUUGCUCUCAACAAUCAGAAGAGAAUCACAUUAAGGAAGCUCCAUAUGAAUUUCAUGGUUCUAUGUCAUGCGGUGUGUCUAGUGAACCUAUUCCUGGCUGCAGUUUACCGAGCUCUGAUUUCCUUAGUACUAACAAGAGCAACUUACCAAACAAUCCCCCUACACAGCCUUUUUAUCCAAUGCCAAGACCACAUGAUCUAGUGUCACCUGAAGCAAAUUUUGCUCCUGGGAAUUUGCCUGCUCCAAGCACACUCCACCUCAGCCAUUAUCCAUCGACAGCCAGGCUUAGUGGCCCACAACCUCCAACUUCUGGUGCUCCACCUACCUCACCUAAUAGUAAUAGUUUUAGUACCUCAGAAUAUCCAAGUGGUUUUCAUCAAAAUGCCAUCUUUUCUCAGUCCAACCAUGAACCUAAUGUUAGUUCAUGUAUGAAUCAUUCUAAUGCACAAAGUGGGCCACCUCUUUAUGACAACAAUAUGAGUAAUGCUCCGACUGCUCAUUCGAUGGAGAUUAACACAUCUAUCAGUGGUGGCUGGGGUUCUCCCAGUUGUUCUACACCAUCUGAUGUGGUUCAAGGUCUCAUGGGGACUAUAUUGCGUGCCUUGCACACACUAAAAUCUGAUAAAAUAGCUCCUACAGAAGCAAAUAUAUCUGAUUGCAUUCAUUAUGGGGAGAUCAAUAUGCCAAACUUUGAUGUUAGGAUUGCCCUGAACCAUGCGGUUGAAUAUCAGAUGGUUGUGACUUACAAGCUUGGAAGCAACCUGCCGUUCUAUAUUGCAAAAAAUGCUAAAAUAUGGAAGUGUGUAAACGUUAUGGAUACAAAUGUUAAUCAUCCAAAAGCAAUUUGGGAUGCAAUAUUGGUAUUUCUGUCUCAAUCUGAUGGCCACCAUGCCAUCAUGACAUCACAAUGCAGGUACCAAGCAGCAGUUGCAUUAAAAAGGUCAUGUUUGAAAAAUCUUGUUGUGGGAGAUGUGCUUCAGAUUUUGCAUGCUGUGAUUAAUGUGAAGAAGUGGAUUAUCCCUCAUUCUUCAGGCUGGCAUCCAUUGUCUAUAAAUUUACCUGUAACAGAAAGUUCGGAGUUAGGUUCUUCCAAUCCAUGAUAUCAUCCUUAGCAAAGAAUCUGAAGAUAAUCUACAGCAGAGGAAAUUGUGGGUUAUCUGGGAUUUUCUAACUUAGAAAAUUUAAAAGACUUUAUUCUGCGUAAGAUGGCGGCGACCAUGAAUUAUAUUACACUGGAUUCUCCUUAUCAGUGACAGUAUUAGAAGUAGAACUGAAUUAUCUGGUCUUCAUGCAAAGAUUGGUAAUGUUUCACAGACAUUAGGCCUCUCUGGAGGGCCAUUCUUGGGUCCUCCUUUUUUGCUUUAGGCUGAAUGGAGUGCUUCACAGACUGGUUUGUUUUCUAGAGGAUUGUUAAGUUACUCUGGAAGAAUGUUUCGAUUUCUUUUGAUUGAACUGUGUUUAAGAGCUAGUUAUCAGAUGCCGGGUGAAUGAGUACCGUAUUUCUCAUGUUGGUUGUUUCUUCCUGCUUAAUGAUGAGUACACACGCGCAUGCUUCUGGCCAUAUUUAGAAGCUUGAUAAGGUAAUACCUGAAGAAUUUAUAAGAAUGAUCGGAAGUCUUAAAUAGAAGGAGAAUGAUGCUUACUACCAAGUAUCCUUUGAUGAAACUGUUUGGUUUAUUCGAACUCUGUUCAGUGCUUAUGCAUCACUAGGAACAAAUUGGCUGAAACUAUCAUCAGAUCUGAUAAUGAUGAUGGCUGGUUAGCUUUUAUUCAUUUCUUCGUCCCACCAGAUGAUUAUCCGGCUCUUGUACUUCGGCUUAGAUACGAAAUGCAGGUUAUGCUAGAUGCUAGUCAAUAUGUGCAGUGUGAUAUUUGUAUCUGAACUAAAACUAUGUUGCUGUUUCUCUUUAAACCAAAGACUUGUGAAAAUAGUCCUCUUGUUUGUAUUGUAUUGUGAUUCAUCUUAUUAUGCAGCUUAUAUGUAUA